GAUCUGUAUGAGGCAGUGCCCCCGUCAUGAGGAGGAACAGCUGUAGUCACAUGACUGGAUACAUUUACAGGGGGUCAGCCAGUGUUUCCUCUAAUAUACCUGAUAAUCAUGCCUACCACACAGCAGUCACCCCAGGAUGAGCAGGAGAAGCUGCUGGAUGAAGCAGUGCAGGCAGUGAAGGUUCAGUCAUUUCAAAUGAAGCGCUGUCUGGACAAGAACAAGUUAAUGGAUGCACUGAAACAUGCCUCAAAUAUGUUGGGGGAGUUGAGGACUUCAAUGCUUUCUCCCAAGAGCUACUAUGAACUCUACAUGGCCAUUUCAGAUGAGCUGCAUUACCUGGAGGUCUAUUUGACAGAUGAGUUUGCCAAGGGUCGUAAGGUGGCUGACCUCUAUGAGCUUGUUCAGUAUGCAGGCAACAUCAUCCCUAGACUGUACCUGUUGAUAACUGUCGGAGUGGUGUACGUUCGCUCUUUCCCCCAGUCACGCAAAGACAUCCUGAAGGACCUGGUGGAAAUGUGUCGUGGGGUGCAGCAUCCUUUGCGGGGCCUGUUCCUCAGGAACUACCUGCUGCAGUGCACACGCAACAUCCUGCCCGAUGAUGGAGAGCAGGCUGAGGAGGAAAUGACUGGCGACAUUAAUGACUCUAUUGACUUCGUACUGCUGAAUUUCGCCGAGAUGAAUAAACUGUGGGUGCGAAUGCAGCAUCAGGGGCACAGCCGGGACCGAGAGAAGAGGGAGAAGGAGAGACAGGAGCUGCGGAUUCUCGUAGGGACCAAUCUGGUGCGACUGAGCCAGCUGGAAGGCGUCAAUGUGGAAAAUUACAAACAGGUCGUGCUGUCUGGGAUCUUGGAGCAGGUGGUCAACUGUAGAGAUUCUCUAGCACAGGAAUAUCUCAUGGAGUGCAUCAUACAGGUCUUUCCAGAUGAGUUUCAUCUGCAGACGCUGAAUCCGUUCCUUCGCUCGUGCGCCGAUCUGCACCAAAACGUCAAUGUGAAGAACAUCAUAAUUGCGCUGAUUGACAGAUUGGCGUUGUUUGCUCACAGAGAAGAUGGACCUGGAAUUCCUGCUGAGAUCAAGUUAUUUGACAUUUUCUCACAGCAAGUGGCGACUGUAAUACAGUCGCGUCAGGACAUGCCAUCGGAGGACGUUGUUUCACUGCAAGUGUCUCUGAUCAACUUGGCCAUGAAAUGCUACCCUGACCGAGUGGAUUAUGUGGAUAAAGUGUUGGAGAGUACUGUGGAAAUCUUCAACAAACUUAACCUGGAACACAUCGCCACCAGCAGCGCUGUAUCUAAGGAGCUGACCAGGCUUCUGAAGAUCCCCGUGGACACUUACAAUAAUAUUCUCACCGUGCUACAGCUCAAGCAUUUCCCCCCGGUCUUCGAGUACUUCGAUUACGAGUCUCGCAAAAGCAUGAGCUGCUACGUGCUGAGCAACAUCCUGGACUACAACACCACCAUAGUGGCACAAGAUCAGGUCGAUGCAAUCCUGAACCUGGUCUCUACGCUGAUCCAGGACCAGCCGGAUCAACCUGCUGAGGAUCCCGACCCGGAGGACUUCGCUGAGGAACAGAGUCUAGUGGGCCGCCUCAUUCAUCUGCUGCAUUCAGAUGACCCUGAUCAGCAGUAUCUGAUUUUAAACACAGCCAGGAAACACUUUGGUGCCGGGGGGAAUCAGAGAAUUCGGCACACUCUGCCCCCGCUGGUGUUCGCUGCUUAUCAACUGGCCUUCCGCUACAAAGAGAAUUCGUCCUCGGAUGAUAAAUGGGAAAAGAAAUGUCAGAAGAUUUUCUCGUUCGCCCAUCAGACCAUCAGCGCUCUGAUCAAAGCAGAGCUGGCGGAGUUACCCCUGAGGCUUUUCCUCCAGGGUGCUCUGGCUGCCGGAGAGAUCGGCUUUGAGAACCACGAAACCGUUGCCUACGAGUUCAUGUCUCAGGCGUUCUCCCUGUAUGAGGAUGAGAUCAGCGACUCGAAGGCUCAGUUGGCCGCCAUCACCUUGAUCAUUGGCACAUUCGAACGCACAAGGUGCUUCAGCGAAGAGAACCACGAUCCCCUGCGUACUCAGUGUGCGCUGGCCGCCUCCAAACUGCUGAAGAAACCCGACCAGUGCCGUGCUGUCAGCAUUUGUGCCCACCUCUUCUGGUCUGGACGCAACACUGACAAGGGAGGAGAGGAGAUCCGUGAUGGGAGGAGAGUGAUGGAAUGCCUGAAGAAAGCUCUGAAGAUUGCCAACCAGUGCAUGGACCCGUCCUUGCAAGUUCAGCUCUUCAUCGAGAUCCUCAACAGAUACAUCUGCUUUUAUGAGCGGGAGAAUGAUGCGGUGACGGUUCAAGUACUGAAUCAGCUGAUUCAGAAGAUCCGUGAGGAUCUCCCAAACCUGGAGGCCAGCGAGGAGACGGAGCAGAUUAACAAACACUUCCACAAUACACUGGAACACCUGCGUCUGCAGCGAGAGUCGCCUGAGUCUGAGGGACCCGCUUACGAGGGGCUAGUGCUGUAGGAGCCUCAUGCAUCAACAUUUAUAUACGUGUACACACGCAUAGAGAGAGAUAUAAGUAUAUGCCCACACGAGCACACCAGGGUAUUCCAGCCAGGGGAAAAACAAAGCCAAACCCACCUGCCCCUCUUCUCAUUCCUCUCACUGCUCAUAUUUUCUCACUUUUUCGUUCUCUACCGCUCUCUCUUACCAUCUCCCUCUUUCUUCUUGAUCUUGUGUGGAGUUUCCUCGUGAUUUCAUUAGAGAACACCAUAUGCAUUGCACUUACUUCAGAUUACCAUUCCCUCCUGAUGCCACCGUUGCCAUACACUAAAGAAACGAGCGAAAAUAAAAAUAAUUAUUUAACAAAAAAGCGUUGCUUUGCCAUUUCCCUGCCUCGCAGGCCAAACUGGAGAAAAAAGCAGAGCUUUAUUGAGCCAUGCGUUGUUAAGGCCUUUGUUUGGAGGACCUACACUUGAUUCUCAGCAUUAUUAUUUUAAAUGUCACGCUGAGUUUGUGUAACUAAUGAAUAGCCUUGUUUCGCAGCCUAUUUUUUUCCUUUAAAUACACCUCUGUGGCAGAUACUUUGGUGGAGUGGGACAGUGUGUUGAUACUAAUAAUACAUCGAAUGGGUGAACGUGUAUAGUUAAUGAAUGCGUAGCUGUGGCUGUGAAUCUAAACAAUGUCAGAAGCCUUGUUAUUUGAACACCUCUUGCAUCUUGUCUUCUUUUGAAUUAUGAUUCCCCCUCCCUUCAUAUAUUGUAUGUAUAAUCUAAUUGUAAAUCGGUUAAAACAAAUUAUCACUGAUUUCAUGACAUUUGCACAAAUAAAAAUGAUAUUAACCCCAUUUGCCUGUAG